GUCUUCUUUCUGGCAUUGGCGUUUUUUUGGUCUUACGCCCUAGGGUGGGGAGAGGACUCCGGUGCCUCCGGGUCUGGGCUGGGCCGCAAAGGGCGGGGCCUGGGCCCGGCGCGGGCCGGGAGCAGAGGCCGAGACCCUGCAGGUGUGUCGAAGGCUUUUGCGGGCGGGCAGGGCCUGGGAGGCGGGGUCUCGAGCCUGGAAGCCGCCUCCUGGCCCCGGAGCGGCCUCCGCGGAGGGCCCCGGGUGGGAGCCGCCUGGUGGGGAGGUUGGCUGGCUGCGCUGGCGCCCCUGCCCGGAAUGGCGUUUGCGCGACCUGCUUGAGGGGCGGCCAGAGGAGGCCUGCGGUGCUGGGCAGUGGGCGCCCGGAGCAGCCGCCUUGUGUGACGUGACCGGAGCCGCCAUGUGAGGCGCGCUGGCCGCUGCAGACGCGGCGCUCCAAAGCCGCAGGGACGUGGGCUCUGGUCCAUCGUCUGUAGGUGGUCCCAGUGCGGCUCGACGCGCAUCUGGCAAAUGAUGGGGGCCUUUGGGUACUGAAUAGGGUAAUAGAUGUAAAGUAUGAUACAGGACUCAAUAAAGGUGAUUCCUGGGGCUGCCAGCUAAGGUCCCUUAUGAUUUCUGCUCUGGCUUUGCAGUUUUCAGCCUUUCCCAAGAGCAGCAGAAAAUGAACAAGUUCCAGAAGAAUCCAUUGCCAAAUUCAAGGGACCCGUGACAUUAAAGGAUGUUAUUGUGGAAUUCACCAAGGAGGAAUGGAAGUUACUGACCCCUGCUCAGAGGACUCUGUAUAAAGAUGUGAUGCUGGAAAACUAUAGUCACCUGGUCUCAGUGGGUUACCAUGUGAAUAAGCCAAAUGCAGUCUUCAAGUUGAAGCAAGGAAAAGAGCCAUGGAUAUUAGAAGUAGAAUUUCCACAUCGGGGCUUCCCUGAAGACCUAUGGAGCAUUCAUGAUCUAGAAGCAAGAUACCAGGAAAGCCAAGCUGGAAAUUCAAGGAAUGGAGAACUCACAAAACAUCAGAAAACUCGUACCACAGAGAAAGCCUGUGAAUGUAAGGAAUGUGGGAAGUUCUUCUGCCAGAAGUCUGCCCUCAUAGUACAUCAGCAUACUCACUCAAAGGGCAAAUCCUAUGACUGUGAUAAAUGUGGGAAAUCUUUCUCUAAAAAUGAAGACCUCAUAAGACAUCAGAAAAUUCACACGAGAGAUAAAACCUAUGAGUGUAAAGAAUGUAAGAAAAUAUUUUACCACCUAUCAUCUCUCAGUAGACAUCUGAGAACCCAUGCAGGAGAGAAACCCUAUGAAUGUAAUCAGUGUGAAAAAUCCUUCUACCAGAAACCACAUCUCAUAGAACAUCAGAAAACACACACAGGGGAGAAACCUUUCGAAUGUACUGAAUGUGGGAAGUUCUUCUAUGUGAAGGCAUACCUCAUGGUACAUCAGAAAACACACACAGGGGAGAAACCCUAUGAGUGUAAGGAGUGUGGGAAAGCCUUUUCCCAGAAGUCACACCUCACAGUACAUCAGAGAAUGCACACAGGGGAGAAACCCUAUAAAUGUAAGGAAUGUGGGAAAUUCUUCUCUAGGAAUUCACACCUCAAAACUCAUCAGAGAACUCACACAGGAGAGAAACCCUAUGAAUGUAAGGAAUGUAGGAAAUGCUUCUACCAGAAGUCAGCCCUCACAGUACAUCAGCGAACUCACACAGGGGAGAAACCCUUUGAAUGUAAUAAAUGUGGGAAAACAUUUUACUAUAAAUCAGACCUCACUAAACAUCAGAGAAAACACACAGGGGAGAAGCCCUAUGAAUGCAUAGAAUGUGGCAAAUCUUUUGCUGUGAAUUCAGUCCUCAGAUUACAUCAAAGGACUCACACAGGAGAGAAGCCCUAUGCAUGCAAGGAAUGUGGGAAGUCCUUUUCUCAGAAGUCACAUUUUAUUAUACAUCAGAGAAAACACACAGGGGAGAAGCCCUAUGAGUGUCAGGAGUGUGGGGAAACCUUUAUCCAGAAGUCACAACUCACUGCACAUCAGAAGACACACACAAAGAAGAGGAAGGCUGAGAAGUAAGAUGAGUUGGGAAAUUCUCUUGACUGAAUCCUUCAAAACAAUCAGAUAAUUCACACAAGAGGUACACCUUAUGAAUCGCAUCAAUAGAGGGAAAUUUUCAGCUACAAUCUUUGCUCUCUCUGUGUAUCAGCAAAUACAUAGAUUCUGUACAUUUAUUUGGGAGAAAAUUUUAUCAUAUUUUAGGCUUUUCUAAAUAUUAGAUAAUAUAGAUGGCAGAAGUCAUGCAAAUUGUAAAACAGGAAGGAAACCUUUCAGAAGUCAUACUUUUGUUUUGCAACAUAGAAGUCACACAGGAGAAAAAUCCUGUAAGUAAAACGAAUGUCAAGACAUUUUCUGUCAGGGCAGCCAGCUGUAGACAUCCAAAAGCUCACAAAUGAGAAGCUCCUUGAGUAUCUAGAAAUCUCUUUACACAAUUGGAGCUCAUGUACUAGAGAAUUCAAAGGGAUAACUGCAAAGACACUGGUAUAUAGAAGCCUUUAUUAAGAAUUGAUGUUUCAUUCAAUUUCAGAUCACUGGUACUUGGAUAGAUAUUUUAAAUAUUUGGAAGGUGUUCAAUAAAAAUUCAAAUAAUUUGUACUGAGGGAAACAGUUAUACUACAAAUCAUGUUGCAGAUCUGAUGCCAAGAUUGCUCUGUUUUAAAAGGAAACCUGCAAAUGUCUGCAUAUAUGAAGCUUUUAAAAAGCACAAGUUAUCAGGCAACAUCAUUAAACAUACAUUAAAUGUCUGUUAGCAUAUAGGAUUUUGUGUGUAUGUGAGUGUGCUAUAACAUGUAACUUGCGGAUGUUCAGCGUGCAUGUGGAAUCCAUCCAUAAUGGUACAUAGCGAAAUAAUAUAAUCUUAGUUCAGUAACUAUUAUGUGUAUGAAGAUGUUGCACAUUAAGUCUCAGUAGUGACUCUGGUUGUUAAUAUUUGUAUUGUAAGUGUAAUAUUCCUUUUAAAUUAUAAGGCAUCUUUUUAUCCUUUUUUUGUGUUUGUAAAUGGAUAUAGACAGUGGUAAUAACUAAUCCUUCAAAAAUAAGUUAAAAUGUUUUUGUAAAAUUUUCAAAUGUCAGCCAAGUUUUGCAUUAGGGACACAUUUAUAUAUAGCAAAAGCCUGAGCUGUUUUUAAACAGCUAAAAACAGUAGUAUUUAUUACAAUCUCCACAAUGAAAACAAAUAGUGCAAUGUAAGAAAUAUUAUGUAUCUUACUGUUGAUGUGUGAGCAGGGAGCAGAGCUAUCUGCAUUUGUAUUUUGUGUGAGAGUCCUAAAUGUUCUUCACCAACUUUUUCUUCCUCAUAGAAGCAACAUGACAUAGUUAAGGGUGUGGACUCUGGGCUCCUGCUGCCUGGGCCCCGAUUCCAGCAUGGGGCAUGCUACUUAAUAUCUCUGUGCCUCAGUUCCCAUCCCAUAAAAGAGUAGUGAUAGUGACAACAUCUUAGGAUUGCUUUGAGGUCUAAAUGAGUUAACAUUUUCAAAGCACUUAGAAUAGUGUCUGAGACACAAGAGCUAUAUGUUAGAGGUUAUCAUCAUUAUUUGUAUUUUGUGAAUUACGCUGCAAAAAAAAAAAAAGAUGUUGGCUACCCAACAUUCAUCCCCCACCUUCUUGCUGCCAGUGCCUUGAUUUGGUUGUUUGUUUGUUUUCCUACAAGUGAUUUAGGGGCAGAUCCUGACUACACUAAGUCAGGGUUUGGCAAAUGACAGUCCAUCAGACAGAUCUGGCCCACUACCCAUUUUUGUAUCCUGCAAGCUAAGAAUGGUUUUAUAUUUCUAAAUGGUUGAAAGAAUCAAAGAAUAUUGUGACACAUGAAAAUUAUAUGAUAUUCAAAUUUCAGUGUCCAUAAAGUUUUGAAAACAUGAAUACAAACAAAAAACACCUAUUUAUGUUUGACCUGUGGCUGUCUUUGCACUACCCCAGCAGAGUUGAGUAGUUGUAGCAGACACCACAUGCCCUUGAGCCUAAGAUCUAGCACUUUACAAAGUAAGUUUUUCUGUUACUUAGAGCUGAAAAUAAAAGCAAUGUAGAGUUACGCUUUUAUAAGUAUUUCAUGUUUCAGAAAUGAUGCAUACAGCAAUUUGUAGGUGGGUGGUUUUUUGCAGUAUAUUUAUUUUGUGCAUUAUAUUUAUAUGUUAAGAGCCUGAGCUUAGAAGUAUUUUUUUCAAAGAAAUGUGUUUUUUACUUGCUAAAUUGUCAUAACAUCAAAACAAGAAAUUUCUUGAUGGAAUGUAGCAGUAAACAUAUGAAAUAAACAUUGUCUAAAUUAAA